AGCCUCACAGAAUUGGGUUUUGUACUGUUAUUAUGUGUUUAUAUGUAUUGUUUUAAUCUUGACAAUUAUAUUUCAGGAUUGGAAAGUUGCAUAUUCAUGUACAGGGUAAUUUGAAAGCACCUAAUACAGACAUAUGCUGAAUCAAAUUCCUCCCUAAUGUUUGAAAAGUCUGUGGUUGGGAUGAAGUUGAGCCAGCUUUGAUACCUUAACUCCUCCCGUGCCAUUAGCUUCUGUUGCAUCAGAAGCAAAAAGUGCACAGUAUCUGCACAGCAGUUGAUACAAAAAAAUGUAAAGGCAAGUUAUAUAUAAUAUCUAGUUAAAAACCUGUUCACUUUCUUUACUGCUUUAAAGUAUUGAAAUUGAAUGAGCUUCAUCCCUCAUCAUUGCCAAGGAGCUGUUUGCCACUCGUCAGAUGAACAGGUAGGUGACAGCCCUGAGCUACGCUUAGUGUUCCUUGCCUUAGUUUGUCAGGUGAACAGGUAGGUGACAGCCCUGUGCUACACUUAGUGUUCUUUGCUGUAGUUUGUCAGGUGAACAGGUAGGUGACAGCCCUGUGCUACACUUAGUGUUCUUUGCUGUAGUUUGUCAGGUGAACAGGUAGGUGACAGCCCUGUGCUACACUUAGUGUUCUUUGCAGUAGUUUGUGGCCUACUGCUGGCCUACACUUGAAGUCACAGGGAUUUCCAGCAUUGAAUGGCCUGUCUGUGUUCCUUCCAGACAGGGGCCUGUCCCAGUAACACUGCCUGUUUCUUUGUCCCCCAGAGACCCACCCAUUUCCAACGUGCUUUCAGUCUGACCCACCAGCCCUUAAAAACAUCUUCAUAUCAAAGCAGCCCUCUGUCCCCCACAUGGGGGUACAAAGCUCCCUUUGCUUCUGUUUACGCUCCUCACAAGCCAUGCUCCUCCUCCUCCUCCUCCUUCUCCGCCCCUCCUGUCCUGCAGAGACGGCACAGCACGUCUUCCAUCAGCAGCCAGGUGCGCGUGGGCCCCGGAGAGCUGAAGCAGAUGGCUCGCUACUGCCCCAACAGCCCCGUGGAGGUGGAGGUGCCAGGACUCAAAGUCUUACACGUGCAGUUUAACUCCCCUUUACAGCUCUAUUCACAGGCCAACAUUAUGGAUACGUUACAGGGCCAGAUCUCCACAGUUAACCCUGAUCACGUCAGCAUAGAAUCCCAGAAACCGACGGCUAAACUAGCAGUAGACACCGAGUCAGAGGUUUACAAAAUGCUGCAGGAGAAUCAGGAGCCUGUGGAGCCUCCCAGACAGUCUGCCUCCUUCAAAGUCCUGCAGGAGAUCCUGGAGACUGAUGGGGAUGUGGAUAAACCAUCGGGAUUCAGAAGUGUAAGAGCACCUGCAACAAAGAUAGGUUCCACUGUUGGGCAUAUUGAAAAGCUGCCCAUCUGUAACCAGUGUGGAUCAGGCAUUGUGGGGGUGGUGGUUAAACUGAGGGACAAGUUCCGUCACCCCGAGUGCUACAUGUGUACCGACUGCGGCAUUAACCUGAAGCAGAAGGGACACUUCUUUGUGGAAGACAAGAUCUACUGUGAGAAGCACGCCAGGGAGCGAGUCACCCCUCCGGAGGGGUACGACGUAGUCACCGUAUUCCCAAAAUAGACUGUCCCACUUGAGCUUGCUGAACACAAGCAAGUCACAUUGGAAAAUGAGCAUUUACUCUUUUUAGUUCAGUUAAAAAAAUAUAUACAAUUGACUGAAGUGUGAGAUUUUGAUUGGCCUCCUUGUUUUGUGGAGUGAUUUAUCAAUGCACUGGGUUGUGUAUUAAAGAUUGCAGACGUGUUUAUUGUUCCUUUUUGUUUGAGUAACUGGCCCAUAUCAUUAAUGUGCGCUAAAAUAAACUGCUCAACAUGU